AUGUCGUCCUCUUCCCAGCCUGUCAAUUUGCUGUUCCAAGCACUAUCAUUGGAUUACUCUGUGUUGGAAGCUCUUUUGAAGAAGCAUAGGAACAGUCAUGGUCGAACCUUGUACUUUCGACGCAUGAAAAUGGUCUUGCGAGCACUCGAAAAAUGGCAACCAAUGUCGUUGGAAUCCGACGUGCAAGACUUGAAAGGAAAGGUUCAAGGUCUACAAAAGAAGAAGAAGAAGAAAGCCAAAGAUGAAGAGUGGUCAAUAUACAAGGCGAAAUCCAAUGAGACGAAUCGUUCAGAAGACCUGAAGCAAUCUUGGAAGGAAAUACUGCAAACUAUAGUUGAGGGAUUUCCUGAGGUGAUAUCUCGUAUUUUGCAUGCCAGUGAAGCCUUGGUGACGGAAAUUCAGAGGGGCUUCUUUCUUCCCUUUUGUACGGUAGCGUUGGCAGCACUGGCAAGGAUAUCUUGCUUGCACAAACGGAUUGGAAACUGGGCCAUAUCCGAGAUACAAGCCAUUGGGUCUCAAGAAUCCACCAACUUGCUCGAAUUUCCACCUGCUUCCAUGCAAAAAGCAGUGGAACUCUUUCUGGAGAGUGCAUCAGAUGAAACACAAAGAAAUUUUGAAAGCGAGGCUCUGCUUGCUAGUAUUGGCAUUGUCAGCAAGAGAUCGAGUUCGAGUCUUGAAACGAACCACCAUGAAAUCAUUCAAGACUCGGAAAAUGAUGAGACAGCCAAGAUUUCUAGGCAACUUGAACUCGACAAUGAAAAUGAUGUUGGCGAAUCACUUGUAUCCAUGAGCACCCCAAGCGCGAAAGCGACUGUUGAGAAGGCUUCCAAACCAAAGAAGAAUGCUCCUUCAUCGUCCGAAGUAGAUCAGAAUGCCACGAUCCUUGACCGGUUAAAGGGAGGAGAUUCAACAAGUAAAGGCAAAAAGAAACAGAGCCAGAAACGAAAGGACCCUUCUCCCUCAGUGGAACCUUCAGAAGGAGAUGACAAGAAGAGGAAAAAGAAAAAGAAGAAGAGGAAAACCAAAACCAAAGGAAAGGAUUUCUUUGAUAGUCUGUUUGAUUGA